GUGCGAGAAACUAGUAACGGCAAAACGAUGACGACCAAAUCUAAAACACAACAAGAAAAACACAAAAUGUCGGAAAUCGACGAAAAUAUCUCGAAAAUAUUUGAUAUAAAAAAGCGCUUGGGAAAGGGGGCCUAUGGCAUCGUAUGGAAAGCAUUGGAUAAGCGCACAAAUGAAACGGUGGCAGUUAAGAAGAUCUUCGAUGCUUUUCGUGAUGAAACUGAUGCGCAGCGUACUUUUCGGGAGAUUGUUUUCCUGAAAGCAUUCCACAAUCAUCCAAAUGUUAUAAGAUUACUCACCGUAUAUAGGGCUUCAAAUAAUUUGGACAUAUACCUUAUAUUCGAAUACAUGGAAAGUGAUUUGCAUAAUAUCAUUAAGAAGGGCACUAUUUUGAAGGACAUUCACAAAAGAUACGUAAUGUAUCAACUCAUCAAUGCCGUCAAAUACAUACAUUCGGGAAAUGUAAUACACAGAGACCUGAAACCGAGUAACGUACUUAUCGAUAGUAAAUGCAGAUGUAAAUUAGCAGAUUUCGGCCUAGCACGUUCAGUUUCAAAUCGACCUAUGCGAGAGAGUAACGAUGUAGGCGGUGAACCUAUCGUUGAGCCGAUACUAACGGACUAUGUCGCAACGCGGUGGUAUCGAGCGCCAGAAAUUUUAGUCGCCAGCAAAAGGUAUACUAAAGGAAUUGACAUGUGGAGUUUAGGCUGCAUACUUGGCGAAAUGAUACGUGGAAAACCUUUAUUUCAAGGCAGUAGUACUGUAAAUCAGAUUGAAAAGAUCAUAACAGCUUUGCCAGAGAUAACUGAACAAGACAUUAAUGCAGUGGGUGCUGGUUUCGGAUCCGUCCUUCUGAGCAAACAGGUGUCACGCGAACGAAAAACAUCAUUAAGUGAAAUGAUGACCGAUGCACCAGAGGACGCUGUAAACAUGGUAAAGUCCUUGCUGGUGCUUGAUCCCUUGGCGCGUCUUACAGCGAAGCAAGCACUUGGCCACUCAUAUGUAGAAAAAUUUCGCAACUCUAUACCAGAGAUUGAACUGAAUGUCGACAUAUUGCCACCAUUUCGCGAUGAUGUACGUCUCACGGUACCUGAAUAUCGAUCAAAGCUCUAUGAAAUUGUUCAGCUCAACAGCGAGAAGGCAGAUAAGCGACUAAUAUCUACGAAUACAAAAAGUUCCAGCUUAAAGCAAAAGGAUCAUAAGCAUAUGACGUUUUACGAUAAAUCCGAAACAAUAAAGAAAACCCAUAAAACGAAGCAACAAAGCAACGGCACAGAGGAUAAAUAUAUAUCAAAAGAUAAAUACUUGAGUCGCCCGGAGAAACACGAGAGCGAAACUCAACCAUCGGUAAGUGUACCAAGCAUAAAUGGUAAGCCAACAAGGAAGACCGUGUCAUUAUCACCCAAUGCCAAGCGUAGACUAGGCAAAGCCCAAUCCAAAUAUUUUCCACAACAAUGUACAGAUAUGGGUAGGAAUAAAUACCACUUAAAAACAUACGAAGACUACGACGAUCAUGUACCGGCAAAUGCUCUCGAUAAGCGUCACUCCAUUGACGGCGGUUAUGCUAGCCUUCCCGACGGGAGUGCCGGCAAUUUUGGUGGUUAUGUAGAAGUGGUUGGAAAGCAAAUAUCUUCACCCAGCGGUGCUAUGAAAAAUAAAGAUAGUACACGACGUCAAUAUCGCAGCUCUUCUUCCAUAUGCCGAGUGGAGCAAGUAAGCUUACAAGAAGAAUCCAAGAACCCCGCAAAUCUCCAUCACAGCAAAGAACGCAAUACCCACAACCCAACACAUCAGCUGAAAAAAGGCCAACAGCACAAUUUAAUGGAAACGGAAUUAAAUCAAUGCCAUAUUGGUGGACAAGAUCGGCACAACCAUAACAGCACCAUAUUUUCGAAUAAGCCAUCUUAUUUGCGAAACACUAAGUCUGACGUAAUUAACGGCGUUAGCGGUGGUAGCACGACGUUACAAUCAGAAACUGCGGUCAGAGAUAAUGGAAGACUUUGCUAUGAAAAGCGUUUGAAGAAACUGGAGGAGGAAAUUGAAAAAUACAAAAAGGAAGUAAAAUCAUUUUGUAAAGAAACUUUCAGUUAUGCAUAUCCACAGUCGCCGCAAAAGCAUAGCAAAAGUCACACAAGUCAAAGCCAGAGUCACAAUUCAAUUCAACACCUCAACCGCAACGCCAACUAUCAGCAAAUGCAACAAGCUCGCUUACAACCCCACCAACAACAAAACCAUGGACGAACGAAAUAUGACAUCGGUAACAAUAGAAACCAGCACCUGCAAAAUUACCAACACCAGCAACUACAGCCGAAUCUACAGCCAGCUAUGUCGGUUGCCCAUCAAACCAGUACACCAAAACAGAAUCCCUACUAUGACCUUUUGGCCAAAAUGACACGCGAUUUUGGCGGUAAAAAUAUUAUUCACAACGGUCUGUCUGGUGGUUUUGAGGAAGGUGUGCAGUACAAUGCCGAUAGGUCGGCGAAUGUGGCGCACAAAGAGCUUCGGAGAGAUCAUAAGCAUCAUCAGCAGACGCAUGGGCAUGCCAAUAUGACGCAGCAACCACACCAGCAGCAUUCUGUUCUUAAUCAUCAGCGCAACGCUAGGCCCAUGUCGAAAAUUAUAGCGCGCCCACAACUGAGUGAUCAUUUUACAAAACAAACGAUUACAAAUUACCAAUGAUAUUCAUUUUAAUAUUAUACAUAUGCUAGAAGAACUGCCAUAAUUUGCCUAAUUUAGUUUAAAUGCGCAUUAGUAUGUGUAUGUAAUUAAUAAUUAUAUGAAUAUAUUUAUGUAUGUACUAGUUAUGUAAUA